UCAGUUCGGUAUAAGUGACCACGCUCUACGAUCCCUCUCCUUCAUUUAUAUCUGAAGCGGUAGGGUGUACUGGAGACCAAGAGAAGAUGUCGAGCAAUCUGAGCCGUGUAUUCUCAUCGUUGAUCGAUCUCUCCGCACCGAGGCUAGGGUUAGCGUGUGCGAGAUCCAGAUGUGGAUCCGAGUCACUGACUCACUCCAACACAUCGAGGCGACUCUUCUGCUCUUCAGCUCAGCAACCGCAACACCGCGAAAAGCAAGAAGAAGAGGAAGAGGUCUCUUCCUUCUCGGGAAACAAACAGAGUCCUGACGGCGAAAAUGGAGAAGAAGUGGAAGAAGAAGAUGAAGGAGGGGGCGGCGUUCACGUUAACGAACAAACCGGCGAGAUCGGAGGGCCGAAAGGACCGGAGCCAACUCGGUACGGCGACUGGGAGCGGAACGGCCGGUGUUCCGAUUUCUGAGACCGGUAUAGUUACCCACCAGCGAGAAUAUACCCUCAAAGCGAGGUUAGGCUUGUCGGUAAUUCAUUUUUCUAACAAAAAAAAAAAAAAAAAAGAAGUUUCUAAAAAAUAAAAUUAAUUAGAUGAGAAGUAUAAUUACUGUUUAGUAUUUUCUUAAAUAUAUUUGUACCCAAAACGAUGCGUUUUAGGCUGGGCCGUGUUUUGGUUAUGGGCCUGAAUCUUCAGGCUUUCAGCUUAAUAUCCCUCAAUUUCUCUUUUAACAUUUAUUUUAUUUUUCAAUUAGAGGUGAAAGUGAAUAUACAUUUGUUGUCUUCUUCGCUAAAUCUGACUUUACUUUCCCAACA